GAAAUUUAUUUUUGUCCAAGCCAAAACAUUCUCUGUACUUGCCUUUUUUUUCUCUCUCAGAAACACCUCUAUUUUCAUCGUGUGCACCUAUUUUCUCUGUCGAUAAACAUGGAAGAUUCCAUUGCCAUAGUUCGAGCUUUGUUUUCUUUUCUUGUUGUGGGGCUAUUGAUGAUAUUGGGAUGGAGGGUUUUGAACUGGGUUUGGCUGAAGCCGAAGAUGCUCGAAAAUUGCCUGAGACGACAGGGUUAUUCUGGAAAUUCUUACAGGUUCUUGUUCGGCGAAAUCAAGGAGAUCCUCACCAUGACCAGACAAGCACGAUCCAAACCUAUGUCUUCCCUAACCGAUGAUAUUGCCCCAUACGUGAUCCCUCACUAUCAUCAAACUGUCAAGAGUUAUGGGAAGAACUCGAUUCGGUGGUUUGGUCCCAGUCCAAGGAUCACAAUCACUGAUCCUGAGUUGAUACGAGAGAUAUUCACAAAACACAACGAGUUUCAGAAGCCUCGUGUCAACCCACUUCUCAGCUUACUUUUUAGUGGCCUUUUAACCCUCGAGGGAGAUGAGUGGGCUAAGCAUAGGAAGAUUAUUUCCCAUGCUUUUCAUCAAGAAAAACUGCAGAGCAUGUUGCCAGCAUUCUAUGAAUGUUGUACCGAGAUGAUCGACAAAUGGGAGAAGAUGGUGUCCGUAGACGGGUCGAGUGAGGUCGAUGUGUGGCCUUGUCUCGUAAACCUAACAAGAGAUGUGAUUUCUCGAGCAGCAUUCGGAAGCAGCUACGAAGAAGGAAAUCGGAUUUUCCUACUGCUAGACGAGCAAACUAAUCUUCUCACACAAGUAGUACAGUCAAUUUACAUUCCAGGAUGGAGGUUUCUACCAACCAAGACAAACAGGAAGUUGAAGGUGAUGGACAAAGAGAUAAAAGACUCCCUUAGGGAAUUGGUAAAGAGAAGAGAGGAGGCAUUUAAAGCUGGUGAAGUCAAUAACGAUGACUUGUUAGGCAUACUUGUUGAAUCCAACUUUAAAGAAAUUCAAGAGCAUGGACAUCAAAAGAACGUGGGAAUGAGUAUCGAAGAUGUGGUCGACGAGUGCAAGCUGUUCUACUUGGCUGGCCAAGAGACCACCUCGGUUUUUCUGGUUUGGACAAUGUUUCUGCUUGCUCGGCAGCCGAAUUGGCAGACAAAGGCAAGGGAAGAGGUUCUGCAAGUCUUCGGUGACCGUAAACUGGAUCCCGAUCGCCUGAGUCAUCUCAAAGUUGUGACAAUGAUCUUGAACGAAGUACUCAGGCUGUACCCUCCAAUCGUUUUACUAGCACGCUCCUUGUCGAAGGAAAUGAAACUUGGGAAAUUGUCGAUACCAGCCGGAGUGGUGAUUUCGAUUCCGACACUCCUGAUUCAUCAUGAUCCAGAAAUCUGGGGUGAGGAUGCGCUCGAAUUCAGACCGGAGAGGUUUGCAGAAGGGGUUUCAAAAGCAACGAAAAGUCAGGGCACAUUUCUGCCUUUUGGAGGGGGUCCUAGAAUCUGCAUAGGGCAGAAUUUUGCUCUGAUGGAAGCAAAAAUGGCGAUUGCGAUGAUUCUAAGACGAUUCUGGUUUGAGCUUUCCCCUUCAUAUGCUCACUCUCCCAUCACUGUGAUUACGCUUCGUCCUCAGCAUGGUGCUCAUAUGAUUCUACAUAAACUGUAGAUGCAUUGGAACUUCAAGAAGUGAAACUUUGAUUUUACACUUGAAUGAACUUUUCCCGGUAUGUAACUUGCUAGCAUUUUCGUUGUCAUUAUCAUUGUGUGGGAUUUUAGUUUUUGUUA